AUGGCGAAUAGAAAACCCCAGAAACGUAAACGUUCUACAACUGCGAGCAGUAGAGCUCCAAACAAACGGAGCAAAAAAAACACACCCGUGUCUUCACCACCAUCCGAGUCCGCGUCCGCACCCGCAUCCAACGCCACUCAACUGCCUCCAGACGCGACAUUCCCCUUUCUCUCUCUACCUCCCGAGAUCCGCCUGAUGAUCUACGGCCACAUCCUAGGAGACCAAACCUAUAAAAUACCCUUCAUCUCAACCGCUCCCAAAACCACCCCUGAAAAAAAAACCCCGUGGCACCAACCCAAACCAUUGGGCCAUCCUGCGCGUGAACCGCCAAAUCCACGCCGAAGCCGCCAAGCUCCCCUACCAACUCAACCACUUCGGACUCGCCUGCCACCUCUCUAUCCCAACCCCGCCUUUGUCCAAUCCCCCGCGUUCCUGCAUAACCUGCACCACGAGAUCCGUCGGCACUACCAUUCGCUGCUGCGUGUCACUGUUCUCAGCGGCUGCGAGUACCCGCCUGACUCGUAUUGGGAAAUGGAGGUGUGGGGGAUGAAGAUUAUGAGCGUGCUUGUCUCGCAGCUCCCUGAGGCGGAGCUAGAUUUAAGGAUUGUGACGAGAGAGGCGAUAGAGCGCGUGGCUAAGAAUUCGAGGGAGCUUAGGGAGGCGGUGGCGCGAUAUGGGGAUAUGUUGCGGGGAGAGGAGAGGAAGAAGGUUUGGAGGGUUUGGUUGAAGACGCUGGUGGAUUUGAUGGGGGUUGAGAGGCCAAAGAUGCCGGAACCGAGGAGGAUUUAG